AUGCCGCGUCCAGACUUCCGCAACGUCCCAGGACAGGAUAUCAAGGUGUCGUUCGCAGAUGUCUUCAAAAGCAGCAAGAUGCUCAAGGCGGAGAGGGCUAUAGUGGCCAGGAAGCGGGAACAGUUGAAAGCCGAGAAUAAGAGACUGGCUGAACUGCAGGCGGCGAUGGCACAGGUCACCAAGGGGCCGCCAAAAGCGAACAGCACACCGGCUCCUCCACCCCCUAUCCGGCCACCAGAGGCGAGCCAGCAGAAGAACGAACCCGGUGCCUCUAGCGAGAUUAAGAACUGGACUGAUAAGGAGGACGAACAGCUAUCGAAGCUGAAACAGGACAACGUGAGCUGGAAGACGAUAGCUGAGACUAUGAAGUGGCCUGUCAGUGACCUAAAGGAGCGCUGGCGUAUCAUUAAGCCGCCGGAGCCACCUAAGGAAGCAAAGCCAGAUAAGGAAGAAAGUAAAGCAGACAACAAGAAGGAGAAGAACAAGCAGAAGGUUGCGUUCACAGAGCCUUCGAAGGAUAAGCCGAGUAAAGAAGGCUCUAAGAAAGUAAUAUAUUAUACGGACGAGUCGCUGAGCCUGGAGGAGGUCAUCCUGCUCAACAAGCUGGCGGAGAAGUACGACAAGGAGAUGUGGCUGCGCAUCAGCUCCAAGUUUUUCGACAAGACCGGCAAGCGGCUAGAUCCAGAGGAAGCAAAACGGCACGUCCGCCCGUCAUAG